UUUCCACUACUUGCAGUGCCAUCAACCACAGCCAUUCCUCUAACAUCAUCAUAACCCUCACCCUUUCUUCCUCCUUCGCAACUCGCACUCCCAGUGGUCUCAAACUAGACCUCUGUUGGAUGCUGUUGUGUUGCCUCAGGUAAUUAAGUAAGUAAAGUACUUGUGUUGUGCUUUUCUUUGGGUUACUGAAGAGUGAAGAUGCAGAAGCAGGGCAUUGUAACCAUUUUGGGCUCUAACCACGAUGCUGCCACUUCCCUUCGAAGGACACUAUCCGCAGACAUGUCCUCCAAGACAUGGCUUUCUCAAAACGGGUUUUCUUCCAUGAAGAAGAUCGCUUCCUCCGAAGAACUCUCUCACUCACUCACAAAAUCUUCCACCACGGACUCAUCAUCAUCCCCGUCCGAAGAAGAGUUGCAAAUUUGGAACACAACUCAAAAGAAGGAGCAGCCAGAAGAGUUGGACAUGUGGAGCUCAAUUUUGUCACAGAAAGCCAACGAUGAAGCAUCCAAAUUAACCGCAACAACACCUUAUGUUCACCCACUCAUGAGAAGGUCCAAGAGUUGUUUGAGUGAGAAGAGUCUCCAGAUAUGCACGGAGAGUCUUGGAUCCGAAACUGGCUCAGAUGGGUUCUCAUCUGAGACAGGGGAUUCAGAAGAAGAAGAAGAAGAAGAGGAGGAAGAGAAAGUGAAAGAGAUUGAGCAAAUGACACAGGAAGUGGAGGAGUUGCACGUGCGAAAACUACAUAACUAUGGUACUAAGAAAUCCUUGUCUUUGCCUCGUUCUUUUCCUCCUCCGCUCCCUUCACUCCACAUGCGGUCUCACCGCGACAACGGAAGGUUGUUCCUACAAGCCGUGGAACUUCCUUCGCAGAACAACUUCUGCGCUCAGCGAGAAAACGGUCGCCUUGUCCUCACCUUCGCCCCCGGCGAGGAAGUGGAGGAAGAGGAAGAAGAAGUGAUGAAAAUUGAGGGAGAUGGUGAGGCAGAGGAAGCAGAAGCACCCAUGUUGGUGUCUAGUGGGAUGAGGCUAGCAUUAAUGAUGAAUAAGCCAAUUAAGUUAGGUGACACCACUAUUACUAUGAGUCCAAAAUGGUCGAACGAGGUGGUGAAUUUUAAGGAUGUUGAUGUGGUGCAACAUAGUCCACUUCCACCUAGGCCAAGGGUGAGGUCAAUUCCCCCAACUAUUUCAGCUGCUUUCAAUGCUUAUGAAUACUAUUGGAGGACCAAGCCUGUGGCAAAAGCUUCUAAAUUUCAACAAUGUUUGGAGAACAAUUUGAAGACUUGCAAGGAUUCUAGGAGGCCUUUUCUGUUCUGGGAACCCUAUUGCAUUGCUACUUGACCUCACUCAUUGGUCAUUGCUAAUUGAAAACUUGUGUUACUUAAUUAACUACUUAUAUUACUCUAGUUUUUUCUCUCUACUCAGUUCCACUCAUUCAGGGAGCUGUAGUGAAAUAACAGGAGAAAGGGAUAGGGAGAGAAAUACUUGAUUUGUAAGAUCAGAGAAAUUACUUGGACAGUUGGAUAGUGCAUGUCAUAUUAUUGUAUCAAUCCGUCCAUAUAUGCUAUUAUUAACAAUUGUAUAA